AUGAAGCUCCUCUCCACCGCGUUCGCCGCUCUCGCUCUCUUCGCCGUCACCGUCAACGGAUCGCCCAUGAUGCGCCAGGAGGAGGCCUCCAGCUGCACGCUCAGCGGCACCUACAAGGCAGGAACCUCCAUCUCGUCCUGCAGCACGAUCACCAUAGGCACGCUCACUGUACCCGCCGGUUGGGACGGUCCACUCGUUCUACUCGGUGGCAGCAACCUCAAGGUCAGCGGCUCCGGCACGUUGGACGGCCAAGGCGCCUGGUACUGGAAGCAGGGCACGUCCAUCAGCCGGCCCGUCUUCUUCCGUCUUAACCGCGUCACGGGCUCCACGCUCUCGGGUUUCAAGAUCAAGAACUCGCCUUUCCGUACCUUCAGUGUCCUCAACUAUCAAAAGACAACCAUCAGCGGACUCACACUCGACUCGAGCGCUGGUGACGGCACGGCCAAGAACACGAACGGCUUCGACUUAAGCGGCAGCAACUACGUCACCAUCACGGGCAACAAGAUUUACAACCAGGACGACUGUCUCGCCAUGCAGUCCAGCACCAACACUGUCUUCAGCAACAAUUACUGCAGCGACGGCCACGGCAUUUCGAUUGGCUCGCUCGGCGGCUCCACCGUCAACGCAGCCGACACCGUCUCCGGUCUCACGGUGAGCGGCAAUACCAUCGUCAACAGCGUCAACGGCAUCCGCAUCAAGACCAUCGCGGACCUCAAGGGUCUCGUGUCCGACGUCACGUACACGAACAACAAGUUGUCGAACGUCAAGAACGCCAUCGUGGUCCACUCCGACUACAGCAAGUCCAAGGGCGGCUACACCGGUAAGGCCACGAGCGCCGUCACCAUCAAGGGCGUGACCAUCUCUGGUCUGUCGGGCACCGCCACCAACCUGUACGACAUUGUGGCGAACACGAAGGUUGUGUCGGACUGGAAGUUCUCGGGUGUCACGGUGAAAGCGUCCACGACGGGCAAAUGCAGCGGCCAGCCCAGCAACGUCAAGUGUUGA